AUGUCGGUGGAUAUCGCCACACCGCUACUCUUUGUACCCCACAGACGCCGCAGUGGAGCGGUCCAGCAACACAAAGCCCCCUUCCCACCCACAGUCCACACACAAUGGCAGAGACAGCCACACACUCACACUCUCACAUGCUCAUAUCAGAGGGGCACUGCCGCAUUCACUAAAAUGUACACGGAGCCACACACCUGCAGAGAGGAAAAGAAAAACACAAGAGAAGAAGAAGAACAACAACAACAGGAUACCAACAGCACAAAGGUCACUCACAAUACAAUAAACACAGGUGACACUCCCAUCAGAGAAAAACAUUCACCCACACCAGCACAUCAACUCAACCCCAAGAAGAAAAAAAAAGAAAAAACAGAUCCAUUACGUGAAGCCGAAGCGGAACAGUCUCAGUCCCUCCCCGCAGGCUGCAGUCACUCAAGCAAGCCACACAACAAACAACACACACACAAGGGNAGAAAAGAGACACACAUUUAA